CAAAAUUACUCCCUCUAAACUCACCAGGCUCUCUCUCUCUCUCUCUAUAUAUAUAUAUAUAUAGUCAUACGAUUUGCCACCACAGCAGAGCUGCAGCAGCCAAAGCAUCGCAUCAAAACUAAAUACAAAUUUAUUUCAAAAUUCAAUUUUAUAUAUAUAUAUAUAUAUAUAUAUAUUAAUUAUGGGUAUUGACCUCGCUUUACCUCUUAGCCUUCCUAAGAUAGAUCUGUCAUCGGAUGAUCUGAGCCCCGGAACCACCUCCUGGGACCUUGUCCGAGGUGAUGUCUUUCGAGCCCUCGAAGAGUACGGCUGCUUCGAAGCCGUGUAUGGGGGCAAGAAGACUGAUGGCAGUGUCAUGGAGCAGCUCGAGGAGGUGUUCAACCUACCUUCCGAGACAAAGCGGCGGUUCGUCAAGCCUGGCGAUGUGCACUUCUUCGGGUACAGAGAAAGUACUCCAAGGAGCCCUCUAUACGAAAACAUGGCAAUGGGUGAAGUCCUAGACUCUCCGGCCGUUCAAAGCUUGGGUGACCUAUUAUGGCCGGAUCAUAGCAACCCAAGAUUCAGUGAGACCAUCAACACGUACGCUAGAAAGGCAGCAGAGUUGGAUCUAUUGGUGAAAAGGCUUGCUUUCGAAGCUCUGGGGGUAGAAAAAUACUUGGAUUCUCAUAUAGAACAUUUGACGCACUCAAUGACACUAAGCAAAUACAUAGCUCCAAACACAAUGGAGGAUCAAAUCGGAAUGGGCAUUCACACUGACAAGAAUUUUCUGACCAUACUUCAACAAAAUCAUGUCGAUGGGUUGGAAGUUCAGGCCAAAGAUGGAAGGUGGAUUAGGGCCACUCCUUCACCUUCAACAUUCAUUGUCAUAGUCGGAGAAUUAUUCCUCGGUUGGUGCAAUGGGAGGUUACAUUGUCCACGACACCGUGUGAUGAUAAAGGGAGAUCAGGUGAGGUACUCGAUCGGGCUAUUUUCCAAAUUAGGAGGAACGAUAAAGUGCCCCGAAGAGCUAGUCGAUGAGGAACACCCAAUGCUUUUCAAACCCUUUGAUGAAAUCGGAUUGUUUCGUUUUUUCCAAACCGAAGAAGGCUACAAAGCCGAGUCCACCGUUAGAGCCUAUUGUGGUGUUUGAAACUAUUUACGACAUAUGACGACAUCGGAUUGGGCACCUCAAGCGAAGAAAGCAGAUGACGGUGUUCUUUGGCAUAUGCGACGUGGUCAUCCUUCUUAGCAAAUAAAGGUUCAGGGUACCGCUGUUCACAUGGAAGACUCAGUUGAUGACAUUUGUGAUUUAUGUUGUUGUGCUAGGCAGACCCAUUUUAAAUUUCCAAUAAAGUAGAAUAUUCCGAUGCUUUUUAAACCCUUUGUUCAAGCUGGACUACUUCGUUUCUACAGAACUGAAGAAGACUUCAUAGUCGAAUCUACUAUAUUAAAGCCUGCUAUAUUAAAGCCUAUUGUGGUGUUUGAAACUUCGUAAUGUAGUUAUUAUUAUUAAAACUAAGAUCAGCUUUCAUCGUUCA